CGACCCCGGAGCCGCAGGAACCAAGCAUGGCGCUGGCAGCCGCAGCCGCUGCCGCCGCCGCAGCAGCAGGGGUGAGCCAGGCGGCGGUGCUGGGCUUCCUUUUAGAGCGCGGCGGGCAGGUGCGCAACUCCGAGCUGCUGAGCCGCUUCAAGCCGCUGCUGGACGCUGGGGACCCGCGCGGCCGCGCAGCCCGCAGGGACCGCUUCAAGAAGUUCGUCAACAACGUGGCGGUGGUGAAGGAGCUGGACGGGGUCAAAUUCGUGGUGCUGAGAAAGAAGCCGCGGCCGCCGGAAGAACCAGAGCCCCCGCACCCCUCCAGCCUUGGGGUGCCAGCCACGCAGGUAGCGUGCACUGCCGUCCCAGCGGAGGACAACUGCGUUCCUGAAGCUCCCCUCUCCCCACAGCCGUCCGAGGAACAGCUGGAGGACUUGUCCGCACCAUCGGAGCUACCGAAUCCCUCAGGGACCCCACCCUCAGGGGUCACCCAGCUUGGGGCUCCAUCAGGCUCAGCGCCACAGCCCGGGGGACCCGAGGAUCAGGAGCUACCCUCGCCCUCGGAGGUAGCCUCCGAGGUAGCCGCACCGGCCAAUGUGCCAUCCGGGGCAAUCUCGCCGAGCACAGAGUCGCCGAACCCAGAGCCUGCACCUCCCUUGGCGCAAGUGCCACCGCAGAAGCCCUGCAUGCUACCGGUGCGCUGCGUGGUCCCCGGCCCCGCGGCGCUGAGGAUCCGCGCGGAGGAGCAAGGCCUACGCCGGCAGCGGUCGGAGGAGCCGAGCCCGCGGGCCUCCCCGAUGCUUCUGCGGCGGCUCUCGGUAGAGGAGUCGGGUCUGGGCCUCCACCUGGGACCUGGUCGCUCACCUCAUCUCAGGCGCCUGUCGCGCGCGGGCCCGCGCCUGCUGAGCCCGGACAUGGAGGAGGUGCCUGCCGCGCCGCCGCCGCCGCCCGCGGUGCCCCUGGAGCCCACGGAGCAUGAGUGGCUGGUGCGCACGGCCAGCGGCCAUUGGAGCCACCAUCUGCACGGGCUGCUCUUGCGGGACCGCGGCCUGGCUGCCAAGCGUGACUUCAUGUCGGGCUUCACCGCCCUACACUGGGCAGCUAAGAGCGGCGACCGGGAGAUGGCUCUGCAGUUGGUGGAGGUCGCCCGGCGUGGGGGCGCGCCCGUGGACGUGAACGCGCGCUCGCACGGUGGCUACACGCCGCUGCACCUGGCGGCCCUGCACGGCCACGAGGAUGCAGCCGUGCUGUUAGUGGUGCGUCUGGGCGCCCAAGUGAACGUCCGCGACCACAGCGGCCGUCGCGCCUACCAGUAUCUGCGGCCUGGCUCCUCCUACGCGCUGCGGCGUUUACUUGGUGAUCCCCGCCUGAGAGCUACCACCGAGCUUGAAGCAGCCAGUGGUGGCAGUGGGAGUCUUGUGUCGCGGCACCCUGUGCAGGUGGCUGCCACCAUCCUGGGCUCCACUACUAGCGCGUUUCUGGGCGUCCUGGCUGACGACUUGAUACUCCAGGACCUGGCCCGUGGCUUGAAGAAGUCAAGCUCCUUCAGCAAGUUCUUGGGUGCCUCGCCCAUGGCUCCCCGCAAAAAAACCAAGAUCCGUGGUGGCCUACCAUCCUUCACUGAAAUCUCUCGUCGACAUACCCCGGGGCCUUUAGCUGGUUUAGUGCCCAGUCUGCCCCCUCCAACCUGAAUG